ACACCAUGACUUUCGGUUGGGGAAACUGUGGCUACGGCUGUAAUGUCGCCUGUGAAUCGCAAUGUCCUCCCUCCCACGUCUACAUCCAACCUCCCUGCUACGCCGUGACCAUUCCUGGGCCCGUGAUGCACUGUGAUACCGAACCUUGUGCUGCAUCCAGCCAUACACCUUGUGGCUAUGGGAGCUGCGGCUAUGGCGGCUACGGUGGUUAUGGCGGUUAUGGUGGUUAUGGCGGCUAUGGUGGCUAUGGCGGCUGGGGUUACGGUGGCCGGGGAUGUGGUUAUGGCGGCUGGGGAGGCUGCGGUUAUGGCCAUUGUGGAUACGGUGGCUGGGGAAAUAGAUGUGGAUAUGGUGGCUGGGGAUAUUAAACCUGCUACGCUCCUCAAAAACCUAGAAGAGGACUCCCGAAACACAAGAAACGACCCAGCAAUGGACUCUUGACAAAGACCUGUGGCUGAGAUUUUGCACCUGGGUGCCAGAAAGAUGGGUAUGCACAAUCUCUGACAUUGUGGCUGCUCUUCAAAUCUCUGAACACCCAGGCCUUCAUGUUCCUUGAUCUUCUCUAUGCCUCUUGUAUUCUGUUUGCUCCCAGACAGCUCCAUUGUCCUCUCUUCUUCCACCAUGUUUCAACAUCUUCAUCCAUCUUCUCUGCUCCUGAUGGAAAAGAUCAGAGUUCAAUAGUAAGAAGUCCCCAGCUUGCUAUGAAACUUCAGCUUCCGAUUUUUGGAGCUGGACCUUACCAUCAUGAGAAGUUCUGUCGCAGAGUUGUGGGAGUCUGAUGUUGUGGCAUUCCAGUUCCCACCAUACCUGACCAGUAUGGCCAAUGGUCAGGGAUGAAGGGGGCUGUGGUUCAAGAAGAUCCCCAUGUUCCCCCAUUGCCCCAUAUCUAUGGGGAAGUUCAUUAGAUGAGCCUAUCGUCGAUGGAUGGUGGUGGGGGGCGAUGAGACUCAGUUUAGUCCACGUCUGUAAAGACCACAAGGAAUUUUCACCACUUGUAAACUGAAUAUUGCUUUUCCUGUUUUGUGUACUACUGAACAGUUUUGGAGACAUGUCGUUAUCUGUUUUCUUUAUGCUUCUUCUGAAAUCG